UAAUGGAGAAAAGGGUGAUGAUUUUGAUGAUUUUGAUGACAAUCAUGAAAUUUGGGUAUGGGAAAGCUGAAUUACAUUACGUCGGAGGAGGUAAGAGUAGUUGGGCUCCCAACAUCAACUUCUCCGAUUGGUCUUCUCAACAGACCUUUCACUUGGGUGAUUGGCUAUAUUUUGGAUUUAACAAGUACCAGUACAAUGUGCUGGAGGUGAAAGAGACAAGCUACGAAAACUGCAUUGACAAAGACUUCAUAAAGAACAUAACGAAGGGAGGACGAGACGUGUUUCAGCUGACAGAGCCUAAAACCUACUACUUUCUCUCCGGUGGAGGCUACUGCUUCAGUGGAAUGAAAGUGGCCAUCGACGUCCAUGGCGACCGCCCUACUCCCGCCCCCGCCCCCACUGCUAAUCGCUCUUCAACGGCGGUGCCACCAGUGCCUUCCAUGGGCCAUCUCACGACUCCUCUUCUGCUGAUACUUGUUGUCACUUCAUCGUUGGUGUAUGUGGACUGUCUCCAAUAUUUUAGUUGAUGCUUCUUCACAAUAAUUUGUGAAUUGUAGUAAUUUUACCUUGAUUUUUAGAGAGAGAUGUGAUUUUUGUUUUCUUAACUAAUUACUUUUUUUUAUCGAACCUUAUACAAAAGUGUUUCUAUAGUUCUUUCUUAUAUGGACUCCACAUAUGAUUAUAUGUAUAGGACGGGAAAGUAGUCAUGUUUAA